AUGGCCGAGCCUCCGCUAUACCCCAAGGAAAUGAUGACUGAGAAGGGCGCUGGCCCCCUCGAGGAGCAGUCUGUCGAGCUACCGCCUCUCGAUGUGGUGAAGAAGGGCCGAUGGGAACGUAGUUGGCCCACUAUUGCCUGUGGUGCUGGUCUCUUUUCUGAUGGCUACUUGAACCAGAUCAUCGGUCCUGUGGGUACCAUGCUCCAAAAGAUCUAUGGGGAUGCAUACUCCAACUCCACAGCCCAACAGAAUGUCUCUUCGAUUGUUUUUGCAGGCACUGUCGUCGGUAUGCUGGUAUUUGGCUACACUAGUGACCACUGGUCGCGCAAGUGGUCUCUGAUGAUCUCUACCAUUAUUCUGUUUGUCUUUGCAGCCCUUGGUGCUGGCUCCUAUGGAGCUGGUGGCAGUCUUGGUGGCAUGCUUGCUGCUUUGACGGCCUAUCGUUUCUUCUUGGGAAUUGGCAUUGGCGGAGAAUACCCUGCUGGCUCAGUAGGCGCCGCAGAAAAUACCGGAGAGCUCAAGAAAGGCCAUCGCAAUCGCUGGUUUAUCAUGUUCACCAACUUCCAGAUCGAUUUCGGUUUCGUGAUUGCUGCUUUCGUGGCCAUGAUUCUCGUCCUGAUCUUCACCGAGAAGCAUCUGCAUGCUUGCUGGCGUGUGGCUCUGGGACUGGGAGUGAUCCCCCCUAUGAGUUUGAUUUACCUUCGACUGAAGCUGAAUGAGCCCGAGGAGUUUACCCGGGAGCGCAUGCACAAGUUUCCUCUCUGGCUGAUCAUCAAAUUCUACUGGAAGCGCUUGUCUGUCGUUUCUAUUAUCUGGUUCCUUUACGACUUCUCUGCCUACAGCUUCGGUAUCUAUUCUUCAGCCUGGCUAUCGAUCAUCUUGGGUGACGACGCUCCCCUGUGGAAGACCUUCGGUUGGACUACCUUGAUCAAUUGCUUCUAUAUUCCAGGCUCAGCCCUUGGAGCCUUCAUGAGUGACUGGAUUGGUCCUCGAUACACCCUUGCGCUUGGUGUUGGGCUCCAGGGCAUCAUCGGGUUCAUCAUGGCCGGAUGCUACAAGUGGCUUGCGACCUCAGAAAACGUCGCAGCCUUUGUUGUCGUAUUCGGAAUCUUCUCUGCCCUCGGUGAAAUGGGACCGGGCGACAACAUCGGUCUCUGCGCCGCCAAAACCAGCGCGACUGCUAUCCGUGGCCAAUACUACUCAUACGCCGCGGCUAUCGGCAAGGUCGGAGCUUUUGUGGGCACCUACGUGAUUCCAGUUAUUCAAAAGAAUGCACCCAACCCGAUCCGCGCAGGCCAGGACCCAUUCUUCGUCUCCAGCGCACUGUGUAUCUUGGCUGCAUUCAUGGCCGUUUUCAUGCUGCCGCAGAUUAACCAGGACACCAUUACAUUGGAGGAUGCCAGGUUCCGCACCUAUCUUGAGGCUAAUGGAUACGAUACCACGACUAUGGGCGAUAAGAACCGCGUGAACGACACUCGCGAACAAGAGUAA